GAGCCCUGCCUUCGCCCGCCCCCGAAGUGGCGCGGGACGCCCGGCGCGGUCUGCGGUCCACAGGGCUGCCGGCUUAGGCUUAGGACCAGCCCGCUGGCAAGGUCGAGCCGCUGCAUUUUAUUUCGUGCGUGGUUUCUGCACAGGCUGGAGUUCCGAGGUUGGGUCGUACUUGGGACCUCGGCGAAGAGGACCCGUUAAUUUUUUUUCUUUCCAAAAUGGCAGCCUCCAGUCGCGCACAAGUGUUAGAUCUGUACCGGGCGAUGCUGAGAGAGAGCAAGCGUUUCAGCUCCUACAAUUACAGAACAUAUGCUGUCAGGAGGAUAAGAGAUGCCUUCAGAGAAAAUAAAAAUGUGAAGGAUCCUGUAGAAAUUCAAACCCUAGUGAAUAAAGCCAAGAGAGACCUUGAAGUAAUUCGUCGACAGGUAGCUGAGCAAGGCACAGCCACCAGGAGGAAGGCAGGGAACAGCAGCCGGAGCCUGGGGAAGCCCUGCACACAUUGGCCUUGAGGAAACCACCUGACAGACGUUUGCUCUUCCUCACACAGAGUUGGUCCACAUUGGCCAACUGUAUUCAACUGACAAGCUGAUCAUUGAGAAUCGAGACAUGCCCAGGACCUAGCAAGCCGGGGACCAGCCACCAGCGGCGGCCAGGGACCACCUUCAGCAUCCACUCUCUGUUCGAGAUGGGGGCUCCCAAAACCAGCUUACAAUAGCCUUUUGCGCUGCCUGCCCUGUGGGAGCUGAUUAACCAAGUCACGUUUGCGUUCUGUUGCAGCCUUAGUGAAAAAGGAUGGCUGUGACUCCUUGGUUCACGUGUUAGAAUGGAGAGCUGGAGUUUGUUCAGAAUAGUGCUGUGUGUUACCACGUCUCCCCUCCACCCCACUCCUGUCUUGUAGCUCAUGACCAUUGUGUAUAGCAUUUCUACAUGUUGUUUCUUGGUCCUUGACAAUAAAAAGAAUUAUCUCCCUGAGCCUUUCACACCAGAUAAACCCCUCCCGAUUAAUGCAUUUUCAUUUUCUACUGACAGAAGGCCUGGAGAGGGCUGUUGGGGGCCCUCAGGGAGGGUUCGACCCGAGAAAAGAAGUGCCUUGGUGAAGGCAAGUCCAAGCCCCACUUGAGACUGGGGGCAGUGUGGAGUAGGGCAGGGCUGCGAGGGUACACAGUGCACCCUGUAACGUAUACCUGAACCAGUACAACAACGGUGACGGGUGUGUAGGUACACGCCCAGAGAUGGCGCACUGCAGAUCAGCAACCUUAGCCCCACCUGGGAGCUUGCUGGAAAUGCAGGCUCAAGCCCCUCCCAACACCUGGUAAAGGAGAGCCCCCAGCCUGAUCCAGGCCCAGGACAACCCCCAUACCCUGAAGCCGGGAACGUGCUGCGCAGCACUGGUGCCCACAUCUGGCUGGUGGACAGAAGCACCUGGAGAGUUGGAGCGCUUUUUAAAAAGACGUCUCAGCACUUCGCUCUCUGCAGAUUCUGACUCAGUAAGUGAGAGGUGAGGCACAUUUUCCUCUCUUUCUAAAGCUCUGCCAGUGUUUUUCAUGUUUAACCAGUUGGGGACCCCUGCUCUUUAAGCAUAUUACAGGUAAUAAAGAUAUUAUUUGUAUGCUUUUA